AUGGAUAGGCUGGCUAAUUGGACGCGCGGCAUAAAUUCGACAACACCUGGUUCCGAACACAAUUGUGUAACAAAUUCAUCGGAGUCCCUGGACAAAUUACUUGUCACUGCACCUUCAUGGACCGCUGUGAAUCAAGACUUAAGAUGGAUUUUCCUUCUACACGUUUAUGGAUUUGCAUGCCUCUUUUUUGUACUCAGUUUCUACACCUUCUUCUCAAUUUUAAAUUUAAGAUCACUGAUUUCCAGCCGGCCUUUUUUGUCAACGAUUAAUAUAUUCUUAUGCUUGCUUGGAGCAUCACGGGCAGGUUGUCUCUUCAUUGAUCCUUAUAAUCUCAAAGAGACGAUGCCUAAAGUGAUUGGCUCGAUCAUGUGGGACAUUGGAUUUCCCUGUGUCACCUCUGCCUUCUGCCUUAUACAACUGGCAUUUCUUCAACUGACACAGUUGAAAUUCGGGCUCGAGAAGAUACAAAAAGAAUCCUGCCUGAGUGUCGUGAUCACCUCACACUUUUCCUUCAUCAUUGCAAGCGACGUGGUUCUCAUAUUUUAUAACCACUAUGUCGAGAAGUAUGUGGUGCAAAUCGUAUUCCUAAUCUGGAGCGCAGUUCUGUACACGACCUUCUUGCACGCGGGUUAUAAGGUGAUGCACCUACUGAGGACCAUGCCCAACAGUUUGUUAAUCCGUGAAAGUACUCAUCCAAAUCAAAAAGGCAUCAUGCAAUUCGCCAUGCUCGCACCCUACAAAAAUCUAGCAACGUCCGUAACUGCUGCCCUCGUUCCUACCAUGCUCUGCCCUAAAUUAAAAGGAUCGGAAGAAGUCGAAGCACCCGUUAGUCCUAACAAGGACUCAAGUUACAAUCAGAGCCUUAAAGCCGAAAUGCCGAAAUCGCCUAAAACUCCAGAGAGAAUCCGGAAAGAUAGUCUGGCCACGUCGCUGCAGCCAUCGGCGCAAAUUCAGGCACCUCAAAUUCAGCCGAUUUCGACGGUGCCGGAAGUGUAUGUAAGACCUCCGACUCCAACGCCUUCAACGGUUGAUCUACCGACUAUAACGAUCUCAAGCCCGAGUCGCAGAAGCUCUCUGGCUAGCAGACGAGGAAGCGACGUCUCCAGGACUUCCCGCAGGAGUUCCGAGUGCAGCGUGAAACUCCCCGGCGAGGAUAAUUCGUCGUCCCUUUCCGAGUCGAGGCGCAAUGCCGACUUCACCGCCAGGCACUUUCCCGAUAAAGAGAGGCCGCGAACUCCUGAAAGUAUUUUAAGGAGACACUCCGAGAACAUCACACCCACUGGGAGCGCGAAAGACAUCCGAAGGUGCUCCGACUUCACCCAUGAGAAAAAUCGCAGCUCGCAAUUUGCAACAAAAUUGAGGAGAAACAGCGAUUUCGGGAACAGGACCCCAAGGAGGAUGAUGCCGCCCGAUGAGCACCAUAGACUGCCAAAGUUACCCGACUAUAGCCCCACAGGUUCCAGGCGGAAUUCGGACCUCGGUAGUGUGACGAGCACGAAAGUCGACUCCAGAAGGAAUUCCGACUUGUCGUACAGGCGCAAUUCCGAAAUGUCUCAGAUCAAACCGCUCGUCAUAAAUCGUCAUUGCAGUGACGUAAGUAUCAGAACCUUGGACAAAAGUCCAACGCAUUAUCAGUGCAUCGUCCCCGAGAAAGCGGACAUACCCGAGAAAUCCGAGUCUGACUCGGACCAACCGGACUGCAGCGAAAAGGCAGCUUUGAUGUGCGGAAAACCUAAGGAUAAGGACGAGGAGGCCAGAGGCCGCAAGAAAAACCUAUCUUGGAAGACUGAUAAGAAUAAAGACGAUCCCGAGGAGAUCACCGUGGAGUCCAGCUUAUUACGCACCGAGUCUGCCGUGACGGAAGGGAGGGUCACGCGUGCGGAUUUUCGACUUCAGUUGAUACUGGACCACAUCGCAUAUGUAAAUCGAACUAAAUCGGACACUCCGUUGCAUAUUCCGGAGGCCGAUACCGCAGCUGCUCGCAAAUCUCAAAUACGAAGGGUCUUAAAUGUCAUGUAUGCCACUGCGAUUCUAGGCAUUGUACUAUGCAUUACAGAAGUGGCUCGAGUAAUUGGUCCGUACGGUCUUUUGGCCGACACUGUCAAGUAUGGCACGAGGCCAGCAGCUCAUCAGUACCCUAAACCAUGGCCGUGGAUCAUAUACCAAACAUUGUGUAGGGUCCUGGAACUCAUAAUGGGAUGUGCUAUGGCAAGCAUAACGAAGCAGCCUUCGGUAAGCCUUCGGCAUCAUCAGUAUUUGAACAACUAUCCCAGCUAUAGUUUACGGAUCAAGUAGGUGGGUAUUUGCGUGCUAAGCAAUACUAUCUCGUUCCCGAAACCUAAGCAAAAAGGGGAUGUAAUGCCAAACCGUACGUUUCUAAAGUUGUCUGGGCUAUACUCGACUCCUUUCGUGUCUGUAAUCAAGAGAUCUCGUAGCAGCCCCACGAGUUAAGGCGGCUUCUUCCGUGAGAAAGAAGCUUCCGGUGCAAUUGUUCGUUGCAUCGUUCCGACUGGCAAAAUGAAAGGUUUCUACCCGUCGUAAAUUCGCGGUGCAUUGCGUGUGAAUGCAGAUUUACUCCGACAAAUGUGGGGAGUCUACCAGCUGAUUGCAGUCCGACUUGACGGAACUAUAAAGCGCCUCUCUUAGACUGAUCGUAAUUUCUACUGCAAAACGGAAGAUCGACUGCGAUAUAUGUAUAUGGGCGUGCGAGAGAAAGAGAGAGAUAAAUGGUGACAAUUAUACGGGGGAAAAUCCUCCGGCCGGAUAAAUGGUAACCCGAAUCUUAUAGUUGACGGUAAUGCAGCAAUAUAUCGAUGUGCAACAUUCUAAAGAGCAGAAACUAAGUUCAAAUGACAUAUAUAAAUAUAUCUAACUUUAUAUUUUUCGAGUCGCAAACUCCUCCGGACAGGACGACACUCACCUUCUACAGAAUCUAUUUUAACGAGCGAGAGCGUAUAUAUAUUUUUAACUUUAGAUUAGUAUCUCAACGCUACUUUAAUUGUUUGUUUUUUUUUGGUAUUUCCCCGGCGGCUCGAAUGAAAAGACGGAGGGUAUUUAGGGCCGUCGUGAUUUUACGCAAAAUGCUUUGACCAAAUACUAUGUUAAAGCUGCACAGUAGAGGCGGGAUGUACAUAAUUGAAACCCUUUAGCUCUAGUUUAGGGAUCGAUAUCGAACGGAACAAUUCAUUAAUAAUGCGUUCUCCACGACUGGAAUAGUCGUCGCAAGGAGCGAACCCUUCUUAAGUGCCCUACUCUUGGAUGUUCGAAACAAAAAUAAUUUAUUACUAAAAACAUUGAUGUCUAAGUGGUUUAACUACAAAUGAAACUUGUAACAGUGUUGUGAUCUUAUAUGUGAUAUUCGUUUAAAUGUAUAGACUGGAGGAAUAAGUACUUUGGCGACACAAGUUCAGCUUCUUAAGGACCAGAUCUUCGUGACCAUACAUUUAUCGUAAUGCCGUAUCAACAAAAUGUAGGAUACAAUUGAGUAGCUGACAUUUAAAGGAAAUAGAUUCCAUAGUAAAUAUGAAUUUCUAGAGUAAUACGCGUAUUUGACAUUUUCUUUUUUUAAGUCUAAUUCUCUCAAUAUUUCGGCCCUUGAAUCUGUUAUAUCAAACCGUAAAUUGUAACGAGUCUUGAGAAAUUGGCCAUUGCAAGUCUCGGUACUUUCCAUGUAACGGUGAAAUUAAUAUUUACAUUCCUUGAAAUCGUUGGCAAAAUAAGUUUAACGUAACCUAAUGUUCCCAAUUGUUUAAUUUUAUUUAAGAAAAAAAAACGAUAUAAAAACCGUACAUUUGUUCGUUACAAAUAAUCAAAAAUUGUAGCACUAUCUUCAAGUCAAUACAUAUUGUUAAUAGAGGUAUAACGUUUGUGCAACUAAUCUCUAUAGUACAAUGAAAUGACUAUCUAUGAAUCAUACAAUCGGAAAUGGUCACGAUGGCAAAAACAAAACCACGGCUAUGCUUGUACCAUCAAUGAAAACAGUAGACACUGUCUGUUGGAGCAAAAAGUAGAUUAAACAUUAACUAUAGCAGUCUAACAUAGAUGUAUGAUGAAUGUUUAAUGUGCCAAAUAUUCAUGUUACGCAUUUUAAAUGUUUAUGACGGUAUAAGUCCUAAGUUAGAAAGGCGUCUUGACGAAGCAUUUCAAGAGCCAUAUUGGCAGAAUGAUUCCAGAUUGGCGUAUCUGCAAAGGUGGAACUGUAACACUAUUUUUAUCAAUGAAUAACCGGUAUUUUAAGAUUGAAAGAUGUUGGGCAUAUUUUUAUUGCACUCGAGCGUUGCUUUUGGCGGAAGACAAUAGUUGUAACGCAAGGGUGACUUCAACUGAAUCUUAAAGGGACGUCAAAUAUCAACAGUUGAGAACUAAAUGAAGAUAUCGAGAAGCUCGGUAAAUGAGUAAAGUAUAUUUUAUAAUUGUCUGAUUAUUUAAACCGUAAAGACUUAUUAAGGGAAUUAGUUUCACCAGUUUUGGACCUACGUGAUUCUUGAACCCACUCCUUUGAGAGGUUUCACGAAGAAGUUCAAUUAACAUUGCUUGUUAUUAAUUCUACUUUUGUACAAAGUUUAAUUUGUAGGUAUACGUGAGAAAUUGAAGUCAUCCUUUCACGAAGAGCAUUGCGGUAUCCUACUCUUGACUGUAAAUACACGAGAACUUCGUGGAUUUGUGAUUCAAACUGAACAUACUCUUAGAACGGUGAUUCAUAAUAUUUUAAGAUACUCGUUAGUGAUGGGAAGCCUACCGCUUGUGAUACCUUUUCUUGUAAAAAUAAGUUUGUUUACUUGACGCGUCUACCACUGUCAGUUAUAGAUUGGGCAAACAUUAGAGAAGUUGGAUUAAUAAUUUCCUAUUGGGUUAUAACCGCACACGACGGAUGAAAGUUCGACAAUACGAAAUCAAACUUCAUCGUAACAUUCUACACGUGAACUGUUCAUAUCAAAAGCGGAGAUCAUCAGGCGUCGUGAUUUGCAAGUGAAGAUUAGUAAACAAUUAAGACAGGCGCAGUGUAACAUCAGUGUUAUGAAUUUGUAUGAAGUUGUAACACUCGACGGAUGAAUUUUUACCAAAAAAUAAUAAAGGAAUAGGCGAAAAAGGA